AUGAGUGGGAGGGAGGCGGAGAAGGCCGGGGAGGGAGAGGCAGUGAAGUACGGGGACGUGUUUGCGGUCACGGGGGAGCUGGCGGAGCAGCCGGUGGCACCCGGCGACGCCGCCAUGAUGCAGAGGGUGGAGCAUCUCGUCACCGGCCACACCCAGAAGGGCGGCCCCGCCUCCCUCAUGCAGUCCGCCGCCGCCCACAACGAGCGCGCCGGCUUCGUCCGCCACCGCGACGUCGGCGGCGCCUCCGCCGCCCACGGCGUUGCCGUCGUCGAGCUGGACGUCCCCGGAAGCCGACUCGUCACAGAAUACGUCGCCGGCCAGGUAGCACCACCCAUCAGAGAACCCGCUUCUUCUUUCGCUGCCGGCGUGACGCUGUGGCCGUCGUCGUAGGUGGUGGGGCGGCGCUGCGAGCCGACGCCGGUGGGACCGCCGCUGAGGGCGGCGAACGCAGGGUCGGUGACGAUCGGGGAGGCACUGGAGGCCGCGGCGCUGGUGGCGGGAGAUGAGGCGGUGGAGCAGAGCGACGCGGCGGCGAUCCAGGCGGCGGAAGCGCGGGCCACCGGCUUGCAUGAGACGCCGCUGGGCGGGGUAGCGGCGGUGGCGCAGUCGGCGGCGGAAAUGAACGCCCACACCCAGUGGCAGUCCGGGAAGACCACCCUCCGGGAAGUCCUCACGGUUGGCCAUCCCUCUCUCUCUCUCUCUCUCUCUCUCUCUCUCUCUCUACCGUUAGCUAGUUCCGCCAUUGAAGAGCUUUCUGAGUUUGGUGGUGACGGGCGGAAAGUGCAGGGGGCGACGGAGAAGAUGGUGGCGGACAAGGCGGCGACGAUGGAGGACGCCGAGAAGGUGGCGGCUGCGGAGCUGAGGAACAACCCCGAGACGGGGCUGCGCCAGGGUGGAGUGGCGGCGACCGUUAUGGCCGCGGCCAGGCUCAAUGAGGCCCGACUGUCCUAG